GAACAUGACAAUGAAGUUGAUAUAUCUCAAGCCAUUGGGACCUGUAGAGUUUUGUCUUCGGGAAGUUCUGUAAACAAUAAUUUUGCCAAGAUCCAAAAGCUGUUACAAGUUGGAACUGAUGCGGUAAGAAUCUGCUUUGAUAAAUUCUUCCCAAGUAAGGAAUUAGAGAAGACUCUGAAAGAUAAUGAAACAGACAUGAGAAGAGGACAGUUCCGAUUCCUCCCUCCUCAACUGGAGAUUCUCUUCCCUCCUCAAGGUGAAUCCAACACAUGUGUAUCAUCUUUAUCUAUGGACGUUUCCAUCAUGUAUAAACUGUUGAGGAAUUUCUCUGACAUUACGCCUCCUGGGAAUGGAUGGGGAAAAGAACCGAAAAUAGUUGACAUUGCAGAAAGUGAUGACAUAGAAAGAAUCCGUUUAUACAGAAAUAAAUACAGUCAUGAUCCAGGAAGUAGCCCUGUGAUAAUUGAUGAAGUCUUCAAUAUCAUCUGGGCUGAUCUUUCUAAGGCCAUAUUAAGACUUGGUGGUGAUGUUCUGAAGAGAAGGAUAAGUGAAAUCUAACUGAGUAGAUGUGGCACUUUUAAAAAUAAUAACCGUGAUUACAAAGAAUCUGUCUGUGGGACAAAAUAAAAGAAGGUGUGUCUUUAUAUAUAUUUUAAGUAACAUGUAUUGUCAAAUCUAUGCAAUUUAUUAUUGCAGCGAUUCAUUUUACGUAUAAAUUAACACUGUGUAAAAGACACACUGUAUGCAUCUGUAUUUAUUAUCAAAUUUUUGAAAUACUUGCUUGAGAAAACAUUGGUUUAUUUAGUCUGGUUUUUUUGUGUUAAACUCAGUGAUUUCAGGUUUUCAAGAGUUUUUGUUAAUUUUUAUCGAUACACAUUUACUUGACUUAUUAUUUUAUUAUUUUUGGGAGAAUGAGUUUCAAAGAGCGAUUCAAAUAUUUGAAUUUGUUUUUUUUUUAUUUUAAACUUUUUUUCUGAGAUAUUUUGUUUAUGUAAAUUUAUAUCAACGCAAUGAAUACUAGUAAUUGUACAUCUAGAAUAUAACAGUCUUAUUUCUCAUUGUUCAUAUUUCUUAUUUUUGAAAAACUCAAUUUAUUAGAGAUUAGAUUUUGUCUUUUCUAAGGAUAAACAUUUCUUACAUGUUUCUGUAAAUGAAAUUAAAAAAAAGUAUCAAAUUAUCACCUGAACAAAAAGAUAACAGAAAUAUAAAAUAUUUUCCCUUAAAUUCAAGUAAAUCUGAAAUACAGUUUGUAUUCAAGAGCAAAGUUGCUGGCAUUUAUGAUAUGUUUAUUGAUUAAAAUAUCCUGAGAUAAUUACUGUGCCAAAAAUCCCAUGCUUUCUUUACGAAAAAAAAAAGAAAAAAAAAUAUCGGUAGAGUUUGGAAAUAUGAAGCGUAGAAAAUGCCUGUAGAAUGACUAUAAGAAAUUGUAUUUAUUGUUUGUAUAAUUUUAGCAAUACAUUCAUUAGAAGAGUAGUAGAUAAACUUUCAUAAUUGUGCGGUGAAUUGCAUGCAUGUAGAUAAGUAUUUUGGUUCGUUAUCACCUAUGUACACAUGUACAUCGGUUUUCAGAACAUGUAUACUGAGCGCCAUUGCAUUCUUAAUGUCAAUAAGAAAGUAUUUUGAUUGUAUAUUAAGUACUUAAGGUAUGUCACUCGUGAACUUUGUUAAAUCAAGGAUUUAUUGAGAAGUAUAUUUUGGAUAAGUACUCAUAAAGAGUGACUCAAAAUCGACGGGAAAUUAGGGUGUCAGUGUUUAUCUUCCUAAUCUACGGUAAAAUGAAGUUGACCUUUUUGCACUAAAAUUUUAACUCUUUGGUUAAUUAGUUAAACCUUUAUAAUAUUUUAUCAGA